AUGGUCGAGAAGGUCUACGUCACAUACAACCAGGUGCAUAAACUGUGCCAGGCCUCUGCAGGUCACAUCCUCGAGAAUUUCCGUCCAAACCUCAUGAUCGCCAUCGGCGGAGGAGGAUAUGUCCCUGCAAGAAUGCUAAGAUCGUUUCUCAGGAAGAAGGAUUCCCCAAACAUUCCUAUUCAGGCUAUUGGACUGUCACUGUACGAAGAUCUAGGCAGAGGAGACCCCGAGGAGGUCCCCGGCACCAAAGUCACACGCACUCAAUGGCUGGACCUGAGCUCGCUGGAGAUGGCCAACCUGAUCGGAAAGAACGUUCUCAUCGUUGAUGAAGUUGAUGAUACCCGCACCACUCUCGAGUAUGCUGUUCGUGAGCUCGAAAAGGAUGUUGAACUUGCGCAGCAGCAGCUUGGUCGGCAAGGAGAGAAGACGACCUUCUCCAUCUUUGUCCUACAUAACAAAGAUAAGCCAAAGAAGGGUCAGCUCCCUCCCGAAAUGUUUGCCGAGAACCGAUAUCUUGCUGCUGUGACUAGCGGAGAUGUCUGGAUCUGCUACCCAUGGGAAGCCACUGAUAUUGAUGAACACGACCGACUAGCCAAAGAGAACCCUCUAAAAGCCACAUAA